CAGUAUGUCCUAACCUUGGAACCUUGGAUUCCCCGACAGUUGGAGUGACUCAACUCAUCAAUGUUAUAUAGAUUGUCCGUGACGAAAACGUCUGCUACCGAGGGUUCCCAUGUCCUCGCCACAGCGACUACUAUCUGACGUGCCUCCAAGGCAAAGGGUCCCAAGCGCGACAUUCAAGCAACCUCCCUUAGAUGGUUCCCUGACCCUCCCUGAACUCUGUGAUUGGCAUGGCCAGCACUCUCCGGAACACACACUCUUUGUCUACGCCGAAGACGACGGGACUAUCAAGAACAUCAAGUGGUCGGAGGCUAGCCAGGCCAUCCGCAGAGGUGCCGCACUGAUUAGGGGCCGUUUGGGAUGGAGGAAAGGUACAGACGAGACCCCGGUGAUCGCCAUAGUAUCGUCUUCAGAUUCUAUCCCGUACAUGACCAUGAUAUUGGGGAUCAUGCGUGCGAACUACGCCGCCUUCCCCAUAUCCACGCGAAACUGCCCCGCGGCCAUAGCGCACCUCAUCGAGAAGACAAGAGCUACCCACAUUUUGGUCGGACGUGAACAAGCCAUGCACGACCUCGUCAUGCAAUCAUUGGAGGUGCUAAAGGCGCAGAAUGUCGCGGCUCGUGUGCCUGAGCUCUCACCGAUGCCGAUUUUCGAUGAGCUCUAUGCGAGUGGCGAAGACCUAUCAAUGGAAGAGGUCCCCUACGAACAGCGAGGCCCGGAUACACUCGCUUUAAUCUUGCAUUCGUCAGGAUCGACUUCGUUUCCGAAGCCUAUCAAUGGUACUCUCCAUCGUCUGUUACAAUUCGCCAGAGCCCCAUGCUACGGCGAGCGCGACCUCGCAGGCAAGAUCAUGUCUCUGCAUGGUAACCCCAUGUUCCACGCAAUGGGCUUCACUAUCGCUAGCUUCGCUAUCACGGCUGGCAUGUGCGUCAGCUUGCCGGCGCCCAAGAACCCCCCUCCAAGCUCGACAGCGGAGGUGACGAUACACGGUGCCAUGAAUACACGUUCGGACUUGGUCCUCGCGGUGCCGUCAAUGAUAGAGUCCUGGUCACGCAACACCACGUACGUUGAAUGGUUGAGUCAAUGCGAUGGUCUUGUAUUCGGAGGGGGCCCUCUCACCAAGGAGGUCGGGGACUACUUGGUCUCUCAUGGAGUGCCUCUCAUCCUCGAAUACGGGUCCACCGAGUGCGGAGCCGUCAAUCACUUCCUACAGGAUGAGCACCUUGGCGAUGAUUGGCAGUAUUUCCGUUUCGCCGAUCAUAUUGAUGUCAGGCUGGAACCCUACGUGACUGGCCAGUACGAGUGCAUCAUCAUGGCGAAUGAACAUGUACGCCCCCACGUGAUCAACACUACAAUUGACGGAAUCGAUGGCUAUGCUACCUCCGAUGUACUCGAGCAGCAUCCCACUAGAAAUGGGUAUUGGCGGGUCCUCGGUCGCACAGACGACCAGAUCAUACAUAGUACCGGCGAGAAGACAAAUCCAGGGCCCCUAGAGGGUACGAUGAAUCAAGACCCGCAUGUCGUAGCGUCUGUCAUAUUUGGCCGCGGUCGGUUCCAAGCAGGCAUACUGGUUGAACCGAGAGCUGAGUAUAGCAUCGAUCCGGCGGACGAGAAUAGGUUGGCCGAGUUCAGGAAUCAACUGUGGCCCACUGUACAGAAGAUCAAUGCUUUUGCUCCCCAGCAUUCGCGGCUGUUCAAGGAGAUGAUCCUUGUCACGAAGCCAAGCAAGCCGUUCGCUUACACUGCGAAGCACACCGUACGACGAGGCAUCGUACUAAAGGAAUACGAGGAAGAAAUCAAUGCGCUCUACGACACGAUAGACUCCACCACAGAAGUGAACGUUCAAUACCCAGCACAGUGGCACCCCGCUCAGGCGACCUCCUUCGUCCGAAGCGUUGUGCAUGAUAUCAUGGGCCUCAAAGUGUCGGACGACGACGACGUCUUCCAGAACGGAUGCGACAGUCUGCAGGCCACGUAUAUCCGAAAUGCACUGCUUCGCGCGAUCCGCGAGUCAUCGAAGAUCAACACACAUACUGUUUCCGAAGGGUUCGUAUACGACAAUCCGACCGUCUCGCGCCUAGGAUCCUUCCUCACUUCCGUCGUACUCGGUGCCAAAUUUCCGAGCAGCAAUCCUGAGUCGUCCAUUGCCCGCAUCGCCUCUAUGCACGCAAUGGUGGCCAAAUACACAACCGAUUUCCCGGUGUUCAGCCCCGACAGAGCUGCUUCUGGCCAACUUUCUGGUGACGUCGUAUUGGUGACCGGCACCACUGGCAGUCUUGGCUGCCAUCUUCUCGUUCAGCUGGCUUCGAACUCUGAAGUCCGCCGCGUCUAUGCUCUCAAUAGACCGGCUAGAAAUGGCGACACAACUCGGCACCGCCAAGAGAGGGCGUUGCUCGAGCGGGGUAUGGAUGUAGCGAUCCUAGACUCCGAUCGGGUGGUAAUGUUGGAAGGAGAUUUGACACAGCCCGGUUUUGGACUACCUGCAGAUACGUACCACGAGAUGCAUACCUCGGUCACGCAUAUCAUACACAACGCGUGGCACGUCGACUUUGCGCUUAAGCUUUCUUCAUUUGAGCCCCAAGUCCAGGGGAUCCGUGCGCUCGUCGACUUCGCGUUGACUGUACCGGCAAGCACCAAGCCAGCCCAUAUCCAAUUCAUCAGUUCCAUAGGAGUUGUGCAGAAUAUGCCUCCGGCCGAGCUCUGUAUGGAGGAAUCGGUUGAUCCGAGCAACGUAGUCUCUACCGGCUACGCUGAGUCGAAGUGGGUGUCGGAACAGAUACUGUAUACUGCUGCAGUCCGGACGCCACUGCGUGCUCUGGUCGUCCGGCUUGGUCAGGUAUGCGGGGGCCCCGAUGGCGUAUGGAACUCCCAUGAAUGGUUCCCUUCUAUGGUACAAAGCGCGCCAGUGGUGCAAUGCUUCCCAGAUGACACAAGAGCCGUUGAUUGGAUACCCGCUGACCUCGCUGCUGCCGCAAUCGUUGACUUCCGCAAGGCGUCAAGUCCAACAAACACUGUACAUCUUGUGCAUCCACGGCCCGUCUCUUGGCGCUCGCUCGCGACAUUUAUCGCUGGUACAUUCUCAGUACCCCUCGUCUCGUAUUCGGAAUGGUUCGCCAAGCUCGAAAGUCUCACGUCGGAGUACAAUUCGCGCUUUGCUGUCGCGUCCUCAGGCAAUGAUUCGCCUCGUGGGUUACACGCAUCGCGCCUGUUGUCCUUCUUCCGAAGCAUAGCGGAAAAUUUCGAUGCUGGGCCGGUAGCAUUGGGGAUGGUAAGCCUUGACCUAAAAUAUUCUCUCAGCGCAUCAUCCACGCUGUCAAACCCCGAGUUGAGACGAUUGCACACGGAAGAUAUGCAGAAAUGGCUGUCGUAUUGGCGGAAAGCGGGCGUCUUUUCAUGAGAGAGUGCCGUUCGGACAAUUGUACGUACUGAAUAUCAUACAAGGCUUCCUUCGCCGUGCAAAGCACUGGCAUAUCUUUAUCUCGAACAGUAACGCUUUC